AUGAGUUCCACCCACAUCCACCAGACCACGCCCGCUUCCACCAGACCCGCCCACAACCAUCCGACCACGCCCACAUCCCCCCGACCUCGUCCAUAUCCACCCCGGUCUGUCCAUAACCACCCUGCCCCGUCUACAUCCACCCCAACUACGCCCACAUUCAUCCCGACUCCACCCACAUUCACUCCACCCCGGCCACAUCCACCUGACCCUGUCCACAUCCAUUCAGACCCUGUCCACAUCCACCCAGACCCCUGCCCACUUCCACCCAACCCCGCCCACAUCCACACUGCCCUGUCCACAACCACUCCGCCCACAUCCACCCCUCCCUGCCCACAUCCACCCGACCCCACCCACAGCAACCCGACCCCUGUCCACAUCCACCCGACCCUGUCCACAUCCACCCGACCCUGUCCACAUCCACCCAGACCCCUGUCCACAUCCACCCGACCCCUGUCCACAUCCACCCAGACCCCUGUCCACAUCCACCCGACCCUGCCCACAUCCACCCAGACCCCUGCCCACUCCCACCCAGAUCCCUGCCCACUUCCACCCAACCCCGCCCACAUCCACACUGCCCUGUCCACAACCACUCCGCCCACAUCCACCCGUGGGGUGGGGUUGGGUGCCCACAUCCACCCGACCCCACCCACAGCAACCCGACCCCUUCCACAUCCACCCGACCCUGUCCACAUCCACCCGACCCUGUCCACAUCCACCCGACCCCUCCCACAUCCAGCUGACCAUGUCCACAUCAAUCCAACCCCUGCCCACAUCCACCGAACCCCGACCUCGUCCACAUCCACCCCGUCCACAUCCACCUGA